AAGUGGUAAAAAUGUUCGGUAAUUUUGAACGGUCACUAGAUCAAAAGAAGCGCGUUAUCGUUCCGGUUAAGCUCCGUCAAGAGCUCGGAAUGGUUUUUUACGCUACGAUCGGACCUGACAAAGUGCUUGAACUACGCGACGCCGACUCUUUCAAUUUGUGGAAGAGCAAAUUACUUGGCAACAACAUGCUUAACUCUAAAGCGCGAGUUUUCGCCCGGGUUCUGCUGGGCAACACCGCGGAGUUAAACGUUGACGGUCAAGGCAGAGUCAUGUUGCCCGACCACUUGAUCCAAGGAGCGCAAAUCACCCGGGACGUUGUUUUCGUCGGGGUUGGUAACAAAGCCGAGCUUUGACCAGCCGAGGCGUACCGCAAGUUCCAAAAAGACCACAGUGGUGGAAAAUCGCUUGAGGAGUUAGCUCAAAAACUGUUGGAAGAUGGCGGUCAGUUCUAAUCUAGAGCAUGUCCCAGUUUUGCUGGAACAAGUUCUUGACCAAAUGGCAAUCAAACCAACGGGAACUUACUUAGACUUAACGCUUGGUCGGGGCGGUCACGCCCAGGCCAUCCUAACUAGACUAGACCCAACCGGAUUACUGAUUGGUUUUGACAAAGAUUGGCAGGCGAUUCAGUUUUGCCAGCGCAAACUAGGUCAAAAAAACCGCUCUAACUUCCGUUUGGUGCACCGGGAUUUUCGUUACCUUGACGAAGAACUCGAUCGGUUAGGGAUCGGUAAAGUUGACGGAAUUUUAGCUGAUUUAGGCGUUUCCUCACCUCAGUUUGACCAGGCCCAGCGCGGAUUCUCCUACUCCCAAGCCGCCCGGCUUGACAUGCGAAUGGACCAAAGUCAAACGCUUGACGCCCACCAAAUUGUCAACAACUUGGCCGCGGAUCAGUUAGCGCAGUUGCUCCGGGAUAACGCAGAUGUAAAACUCGCCCGGCGAGUUGCGAAUGCGCUGGUAGCAGAGCGCCCGAUUGAAACCACGCUUGAGUUAGCGAGAAUUGUUAGGCAGUCGUUGCCCGCUCCGUUAGUGCGACGGAAAAAUGUCGUUCGACAAGUUUUCCAAGCGCUGAGGAUCGCGGUUAACGACGAACUAGGCGGGCUCAAAAGCAUGUUAGAACAAGCGACUAAGCGCCUUAAUCCUCAGGGCAGGUUGCUUGUGAUCACGUUUCACUCUUGCGAAGAUCGAAUAGUUAAACGCGAAUUUAACGCUUUGACUGACCAAGAAAACAACAAACUACCGGUUGUUCAAACUGUGAACUACCGCGCCAAAAGUUUCCGACCCGAACCACGUGAAAUAAGUCAAAACAAACGUGCCCGUUCGGCUCGUCUCCGGGUUUUAAUCAACCUACACUAACCUUAGAAAUACCCAUGAAACGCAACAUCGU